AGCCAAUCCGGAAGCUGUUAGGGUUGUGUGCAUAGUCCACUUGGCGAUGAAAAGGCCAGGCUCUGGCUCUUUCCUGCCGGAUGUCAGGAGGGGAAAGAGGGGUCUUGGUCCUCAAGGUCUCCUGGGAGCCUUAUUUCGCCCCUCCCAGGAUAAGUCAUCUCUCCUUCACUUCUGACCAGUGUUAACCUCAUUCUGGUUAAAUCACGGUGUCCCCCAGUCUCCGUAUGUAAGAUGAGAAAAUCAGGGCUAGGAGUAAUUUGUCCAGGCUCGUGUUUUGUUUUGUUUUUGGUUGUUGUUUUCUUCCAGUCCCCGUCCACCUCCUCCAUUCUCUUUGUUUGAACAAGUCCCCUCACCCCCACCCCCGACUUUUCAUUCACUAUGUAGUGGGGUGCACUUUUCUGACAGUGAGCCUUCUCUGGCCUCUAACUUCUGCAAGACCCUUCCCAAGUGCAAGCAAUUCUGUGGGCCCCUCCUGCCUUGAGCAUUCUCUCAGGUGCGCUAAGGUUCCUGGAAGAAUGGCCCUAGAAGAAGCCCGAAUUUGUAGGAGCUGGGCCUGCUUAGCUCCUAUGGUCUCUGGCUGGGCCCCUUCCACUCCUACUAUAGACUUUUCUGUGAUUCUGGAUGGUUCCCUGUCCCUGCCUCCGGACAUUGCCUGCUAAUCCCUUUUUUCCCAAAGAGGAGCCCCACCUCCUUAGAACAAGGGGCUGGCCUGUGCUAUUUCUGGCCUUUCUGGGACUCUUCUGACAGCAGAUUCUUGUUUUCAGUCUGAUUCAGAUGUGAAACUUUUCCCGCAGCCUCUCACCCAGUUCCUGUGGGCUAGGUCUCUGUCUCAUCACCCUUCUAGCCAGGCCCUUUCUGUUCCCUGUUCACAAAGUGCUCUCUGGUCAGUUUCUCAGUUUUGCUGGGAUCUGGAAGAGGAAGUUGGGGGUUCAAGAGGGAGUUGUUCCCCAGUAGGGGCCCUUGUGCCCUGGGGUCAGCCUUUUAAUACUUUGAAGUAGGGAACUUUGAUUUCCAUGGCAAACCCUGUUCCUGUCCAAAGGAGUCACCUCCAGGGCCCCAUCCUCAGGCUGCGCUACAUGGUGAAGCAGUUGGAGAAUGGGGAGGUUAACAUCGAAGAGCUGAAGAAAAAUCUGGAAUACACAGCUUCCCUGCUGGAAGCUGUCUACAUUGAUGAGACAAGGCAAAUCCUGGACACUGAAGAUGAGCUUCGGGAACUUCGGUCAGAUGCUGUGCCUUCAGAGGUUCGAGACUGGCUGGCCUCCACCUUCACCCAGCAGACCCGAGCCAAAGGUCGCAGGGCAGAAGAGAAACCCAAGUUCCGAAGCAUUGUGCAUGCUGUGCAGGCUGGGAUCUUUGUGGAGCGGAUGUUCCGGAGAACAUAUACCUCUGUGGGCCCCACGUAUUCUACUGCAGUCCACAACUGUCUCAAGAACCUGGACCUCUGGUGCUUUGAUGUCUUUUCCUUGAACCGGGCAGCUGAUGACCACGCUCUGAGGACUAUUGUUUUCGAGUUGCUGACUCGGCAUAGCCUCAUCAGCCGCUUCAAGAUUCCCACAGUGUUUCUGAUGAGUUUUCUAGAGGCCUUGGAGACAGGCUACGGGAAAUAUAAGAAUCCUUACCACAACCAGAUCCACGCAGCUGAUGUGACCCAGACUGUCCAUUGCUUCCUGCUUCGCACAGGCAUGGUGCACUGCUUGUCAGAGAUUGAGGUCUUGGCCAUCAUCUUUGCUGCAGCCAUCCAUGACUAUGAGCACACAGGCACAACCAACAGCUUCCACAUCCAGACCAAGUCGGAAUGCGCCAUCCUGUACAAUGACCGAUCGGUGCUGGAGAAUCACCACAUCAGCUCUGUUUUUCGAAUGAUGCAGGAUGAUGAGAUGAACAUUUUUAUCAAUCUCACCAAGGAUGAAUUUGUAGAGCUGAGGGCCCUGGUCAUUGAGAUGGUGUUGGCCACAGACAUGUCCUGCCACUUCCAGCAAGUGAAGUCUAUGAAGACAGCCCUGCAGCAGCUGGAGAGGAUUGACAAGUCCAAGGCCCUAUCUCUUCUGCUUCAUGCUGCUGACAUCAGCCACCCAACUAAGCAGUGGUCAGUCCAUAGCCGCUGGACCAAGGCCCUAAUGGAAGAGUUCUUCCGCCAGGGUGACAAGGAAGCAGAGCUGGGCCUGCCCUUCUCUCCACUCUGUGAUCGCACUUCCACAUUGGUGGCCCAGUCCCAGAUAGGUUUCAUUGACUUCAUUGUGGAGCCCACCUUCUCUGUGCUGACUGAUGUGGCAGAAAAGAGUGUCCAGCCCUUGACAGAUGAUGAUUCCAAGUCUAAAAGUCAGCCCAGCUUCCAGUGGCGCCAGCCUUCUUUAGAUGUGGACGUAGGAGACCCCAACCCUGAUGUGGUCAGUUUCCGCUCCACCUGGACCAAGUACAUUCAAGAGAACAAACAGAAGUGGAAGGAACGGGCAGCGAGUGGCAUCACCAACCAGAUGUCCAUUGAUGAACUGUCCCCCUGUGAGGAAGAAGCCCCAUCCUCCCCUGCAGAAGAUGAGCACAACCAGAAUGGGAAUCUGGAUUAGGGAACUGGGGGCUGGCCAGGUCCUCACUGAGUUCAAAGUCUUCGAUGUCAUUAGCACUAUCCAUCAGGACUGGUUCCCCCAUCUGCUCCAAGGGAGUGUGUUGGUUGUGGUAGAGACAUCCCAUCUGAGAGCCAAAUGUUGGAGCGGGUGGGGUGUGGGAAGGGCCCCUCCCCACCCACAGGCCCCCAGUGGUCACUGUGCCCAACCCUUGCCUCUGGACUCCCUCCUUGGCCAGGUGGCCACUUGGGAGGAGUAAGCUCCCUGUAGGCUUCCUACAGUUUGGAGGGGAGGGUCAGAGAUGCCAGCCCCCUGGGCCCUCCCCAUCCUUCUUGCCUCCAAGUUUCUAAGCAAUACAUUUUGGGGGUUCCCUCAGUCCCCCACCCCAGAUCUUAGCUGGCAGGUCUGGGUUUUCCUUCUCUUCCCUGAAAAAGGGCCAGAAUAGGACAGGAAGCUGGCAGUUUUCAAAGCCCUACAUGGGAAGAGCAGGUGUCCCUUCAAGUUCCUUCCUAGGAUGAAGAGGGGGACAUCCUCUUGACCCCAUACUUGCACUUCUUCAGCCCCAUUCCCUCGCAAAUUCUCCCUCUCCUGUGCCUAGACAGUGGCUGGGAGAGGAGAGGAGCCAUUGGGAUUCUGUCAGAGGAAAGUCUUUCCUGGAGUCCUUAAGAACUUGGGGAUGGUCUGGGCUUGAGGGGCUUGUUACCUGCUCUAGCUGGGUUUUUGGCCCUUUGCCUCCUUCCUGUCCCUAGGAACUAGAAAGCCCUCAUCCGACCAAUGUCUGUAAAUGCUCUGAGGUCUUCUUUCAGGAUGUAUCUUAUGAGCAAAGGAAGGAGAGAACAGCUAGCCCCAGUGCAAGCAGGGUGAAGUAUUACCCAGUAAUCCAUGUUGUCACAGUGCAGGCCCUUCCUGCCUUCCUUCUCCCAAAACUGGCCCACUAAGAGAUUCCUCUCCCCUGGGCCCCUGGUGGGUGGAAGGCAGAUGGGAAGGGGCUCAGGGCGGUUGCAACUUGGAGCACCCAGAGCGAGUGCAGCCAGGUAAAGCCUCUUUCUGUUCUCAGGCUCCUUGCCCCACCUCACCCCAGAUAAGGCCAAGUCCAGGUGACUGCCUCCUCCUCUCUUGUAAAUACAUGCAUUUGUACAGUGGGCCCUGUUCUUGUGAAGUCCAUCUCCAUGGUCAUUAGACCUGCCACUCUGAACUGCAUGUGACUCCCCCAUGCUCUUGGUCUCCCAGGCCCCUGCUAUAGCCAGAGAUAAAUAAAGAAGGGAGACAAGCUA